AUGACCUACAAUAGUAAGAUUUCUGUAAAUGUACAAGUGUUGAGAGAUUCUCGAAUACAUCAUCUUCGACUGCUGAGUAUUCUGGGAUACCAUGCUGUUUUCUUUAUGAUCCCUACCUGGGUCUUAAUUGAUCUAUCGUCAUUUUUAGUUGACACUGAUAUGAGUUCCGUAGUUGAAUGGUAUUGGACUUUAUUGCUGUUAACAAUUAGCGGACUCUGUAACUUCGCUCAGAAUGUUAUCGCAUUCAGUAUUCUUAAUCUGGUCAGUCCUCUGAGCUACUCUGUUGCAAAUGCCACCAAGAGGAUCAUGGUUAUUAGUGUGUCCCUUGCACUGCUGCGAAAUCCAGUCACAAUCACAAAUGUCUUUGGAAUGAUGACUGCUAUCCUUGGAGUGUUCCUCUACAAUAAGGCUAAAUAUGAUGCAAACCAAGAGGCAAAGAAAAAGCUGCUACCUGUUUCAUCUGGAGACCUUGAUCCUCAUCAUCGCCAUCAGGACCUUUCUUCAUCUAAGAUGCAGAAUGGCACCUAUCCAGGCAUAGCAGACUAUCAGUAUGCCAGAAAUAAUCUGACUGAUCAUUUCCAGUAUAACAGACAGAACUAUAGUAGUGCUUACAGUUCAAAUCGAUAUGACAUUUAGAGGUCCAGUGACAAAGGCUGCAGACCAAGAGUUUUUAGAUUUUAUCACCUGAGCUUCUCUCAAGCCACGGAAAAGAGCUGGAGUCUACCGUACUGAAUGAUGGCAUUCAGCAUCUUCAUAAAAAGGCCUACAUUAGGAGUUAAUUACAUUUCUAAUGAGUAAUAAGCUGUCAUUCGGACAGUUCACAGAAGUAGGUCAUCCAUGACAUAAAUACAUAGAAUCACUAUCCAUUAUCCUAUUGUAUUUGGCCAGGUUCAGCAAGAAACAAAAUCUUGUACUUUUGAAUACUUCAGUUGCAUAAUAUUUUUCAGAAUUUCUUGGAACUCCCCUGAAAGAGCCUGGGGUCUUCAGUGGGAGGCUGGCCCCACCAUUUAAGAAACACUGUUAUAAACUGUAAACUAACUUAUUUCUAGAAUUUAUUUAUGAAUGUGGGGAAAAAAGUGUUGCAGUUCUCCCUUAUAGUAUUGGCUACAGGGUGUGACCAGCCAGAGGAGAAUGAACAUUUGCAGGCAUUUCAGUUUUUUCUUCUGCCCAUUGGACAGUAGAAUGUUUAAGUACUGUGCACCUUACAAGGCCAUAGGCUUCAAUGUCAAACCAGGCAGCUAUUAUUUGGCACUUGUUUGGAGCAGAAAGAUUAGCAUGUAUAGUGGUUUACCAUACACGUAAUAAGAAAAUUAUUUAAACAUUUUUGUUACAUGCCUGUAUAUCUGGAUUGUCUGUAAUAACCAGGAAUGGGAAACUUAUUUUAAAUUGACAGAAUUGUUUUUGAACUGUU